GUUGUCUUAAGCCUUCCGUACGUUGUCGUUUUAACUGACGGUCGGCAAAGGGGAAAAAAUAUAUAAAAAUCCCAUCUUUCUUCUUCUCCUUGUUCUUAUUCCGCCAGCGGUUCCAAAGUUAAAAUUUCUCCAUCACAACUUUUGGUUUCUUUUUUGAGAGCUGUAAAAUCAUGAAACAUUCAGUAAAUCGACCACCAACCCCAGAUGGGGUAGUAGAUCAAGGGAAAGAACCCACCCUUCAAGAAAUUAUUAACAUCAAGUUAAUUGAGAGUGGGGAAAAAGAGAGGUUGAUGGAGCUGUUAAGAGAAAGGCUUAUAGAAUGUGGAUGGAAGGAUGAGAUGAAAGCUCUUUGCAGGGCAUAUAUUAAGAAGAAAGGAAGAAAUAAUGUCACUGUGGAUGACCUUGUGCAUUUGAUCACCCCAAAAGGCAGAGCUUCCAUUCCUGACUCCAUAAAGGCUGAGCUAUUGCAAAGAAUUCGGUCGUUUCUUGUGUCCACUGCUCUUUGACCAUCAGCAUGCGUUGGUUACAGCAAAGAAGUGGAAAAAUUAUAAAGCUGUUGCUAGAUGGGCUUCAAUGGAAGCCUUGUUAGGGGUUUGGCUUUAUAAAUUGGUAUUAUUGAAUGGUUAAGGCGUAUUAUUUACUUCAAAUGGCAGAAUACCAUUAGACCGAUGGAAUGAAUAGGGUUUGCUGAUAUUGGGUGGAAUUUCAUUUAUCCAUUCUUGCUGUGAUUUGGUCAGCAAGUUAUAGAUAUUUCCAGUUGUCUGCUAUCGUUUUAUUCCCUGUUACUGUCCGCUGCCAGGUUUAGAUGAAACCUUAGGGCAGAAAAACUUGCAUUAGAUUAACAUAAUUGACUAUUAAGGUCCUCCAAUUGAAGCUAAGUGCAUUCUUCUUACUUCCAGGAGGCGGACCUUAUGAUGAUAUACAAUGUAUGCUUCUUCCAUGUCUUCUUAUAAUUCUGUGAUAAGUAUCCUUU